GACCAUCGAUUGGUUUAGUUUAUGCAGUCCUCGUCAUCGGUCGGUUUCUCCGCGCGCGCGUGUGUGGAAGAACGCGAUCUCUAGUGAUCGUUGUGGGGCGAUGAGUGCGCUCGUGCAUGGUUAAAUCCUUAAAACACAAAUAAGCAUUGGAACAUCCCCAGUUGGACUGCGACUGGAUGUUAAGUGCGAAAAGUGAACAAACAAAUAGCACCAAAAGGGAGACACGAAAAAAUGUGAUCUCGAAUUUUAGGCUCCGAUCGUCAGUGGCACUGGGAAGGCUGACUGGCUACCCUCCCCUUCUCCUUGAUGCUGCAUAUGUUCACAGCCAUAAUCGCCAUCGCCACUCGUGAUUAUACGUAUAAAUCAUUGAAUGUAGGUUUCCCUUCUUCGCCAACCAUUUCGGAGCUUAUCUCGUAGUGUCGGCCACUCCCAAACAUACAUAGGUAUAGCGCAAUGUUUUGCGAUUGCUCAUAAACCGAAUGACAAACCAUAAACUAGUGUAAAAGUGCGCCAAACAGUGUCGGUAAUGGUCUCAAACGAGAAAAAAAGUGAAACGUAAUGGCAACGACAAACCGUAAUCGUAAAAAUAUUCUCACGCUAAACGGUGUCACCGGCUUCAAUGGGGUGCAUUUGAGUCACCAUCAUCAGCAUAAUGGAUACCAUACCGUCCAUCAUCAGCCCCAGUUGGCGCAACCGCAACAUCCGCUGCAGCAACCGGACACAGGAAACGGUGCCGCCGUCGAAGGACUCCCGAAGCCAUUCGUGUCUGCAAUGCGCACGUUGUUCGAUAUUAUGGACGACGACAAAACUGGUUUAGUAAAGUUGGCCGAUAUCGAAAACCGUUGGCAGGACGAUGGCUCCAAGGGUCUGCCCCGGGGUGUAAUUGAUAGCUUGCGCAAGGUCACGCCCCCUAAUGGGUUGCUUUCAUUCGAACGUUUCUGCAGUGGGCUCAAAAUUUGUCUGGUACGCAAUCAAGCCGAACCUAGCAGAACGAGUCGAUUCUCCAAAGAGUCAGAAAAAUUACCCCUCUCGCCGACCAAACUAUCCGUCCGACCACCCUCCGCUCCUUUACUCGACCUGGACAGCAUAGCUAAGCCUUCGUGGACCAGCAACAGCACUAACACCGCCACAGUGCGACCCAACAAUGCCAUGCCGGCGCAGAAAACGCUCAGCAUGCCGCAGCUCAAUCCAGACAGUGACCUAGAUCUUGAAUCACCGCCAAUUAUCCUUCCGGGCAGCUACGGUCCACCAAAGCCUCCUCGCGUUUCCUUAAACCUCGAACGUGCUGCCACCCAACCCAGCUCCAACAUCGACAAAGCGGAAAUUCGCAACGCUCUCCAGAACUGGCAAAUGUCGCUGCUCAUGAAUGAAACGGACAAACUGGACAAGGCGCAUCUUCGGCUGACUCGCGGCUCGGCCGAUGGGCAGAUUGACCUCACCAACACGACGAGUUCAUCACCCUUGCUGGGUGUGCAACAUGCGACAACCGGUCUAUACCAGAAGAAGGGCGGCGGUGGCAACAGACGACGGGAGCCCCGAAGGCACACGCUGCAGAAUGGCGUCGAUUACAAUAUGCUGAAGCGGCUGAAGCAGAUCGAACAGGAGAAGGACAUCUUGCUGCAAGGGUUGACGGCGGUGGAGAAAGCUCGCGAUUGGUAUCUGAAACAGCUGUCGAUCGUGCAGGAUAAGAUCAAGUAUCUGGGCCGGUCCGGAGCACAUAUGGAAACCUGGACGGACACCCACCAAGAACGACUGGAUCUCCAACGAGCCCGAGUUUUGGAAGUCAAUCGGCAUCUAAUGACCCUGGCCGAAAGUUGGGAGCGUGGCGGCUUCCCGAUGCACAUGAACCUUGCCCUUCGUCCACCUGGUGCCAUGUCCUACCACCAUCCUGCACAGCAACAGCAGCGAGCACAAACUCAAAGCCAACCGACUGCCGUCGGUUCUCCUGGAAGUGGUGCCCCCGGAAAUCAGCAGACCGAAAUGGUCAACCGACUGAAGCAACAGAAUGUACAACUCUCCGAAGAAGUGACUCAAAAGAAUGAGAAAUUGUCGCUUCUGGAGCGAGAAAAAUCCUCGCUGAUACGAGAACUAUUGCAACUACAACGCGCCAACCGAGCCAGUAGCAUGACAUCUAACACCGAGGAGCUGGUGUUUUGAAUCCGAGGCGGAUGCUGAUGGACGGAAGACUGCCAUUUCAGAUUUCUUCGUGCUUUUCCGAGUUACAACAAUCGCGCUAGUCAAAAGUUAGCAGAUUCACUAAAAAAAUGACCGAUGUGUCUAGGAUGAGAAAUGGAUAGAUAUAUGAACAGCAUGAAUAAUUAAAUGUGAUUAUGUGUAGAAAUUAUUAAAGUUUUUAUUUCUUUAAAUUGUUCUGAGAGUAAAUAAAUUUUUGAUCGAG